AUAUGUGUGUGUUGGUGUCUCAGCGUGCAUCUCGUCUCUGCUUAUUUUUAUGGUUGUUGGUGAAAACAGGAAGUUAUGACUAGCUUUCACACGGUUUACACGAGGAAUGGCUGGACGGCCAACACAAGGCUCAGCUGUAGUCAAAGGAUUUCAUCUCUCUUUUUUUUUUCUUGAGCUUUAAAUGUGUGAGAAAAAUAAUCUGAACGUGUGUAAUGUGUUUUGAAGUUGCUAUAGUCUGCCCCCAAGUGGUAAAACGUUAUAAACAUGUCAGAAAAUGUUGAUUUUUAUUUAGACUAGAACCAAAGGUGAAAUAAAUAAAUAAAUGGGUAAAACUGUCAGAGAAAGCUGAAACCAAGAGAAUAUGUAGCUUGUGCAAAAGGCUCAAAUUAUGCUUUGGUCUUUGGGAAUCAAGAAUUUUAAGAGUGGUCUUGAUCAAUGUGUUUUUCAAGGUUUCUUAGAACCUAAGCUGCUUCUUUGUCACGUUUCAUUUCAAUUUCUGAUCAACUGUAGAGCCACACAAGAUAAAUGAGCAAAGAACUGAUUUGAAGGGGAAGCUUUUUUCAUGUUGGUGCCAGGAACUCGUCACAAGUCAUAAUUCACUCAUUUGUUUGGGUGAUAUAACAGUUUUUUUCCUUGUCCUUGCAAUCCUCCGUGGAUAAGCAGCUACAGAAAAUGGAUGGAUGGAUGGAUGGAUAUCGAGUGUACUUUUUGCCACUGUGACCUACAUUAAUCAUUUUUUAUUUAAAGUUCAUAGUUUCUCUGUGUACUAUGGUUUUAGGUAACAUCUUAGAGAGUUUGUUCUUUUGUGUCCAAAUCAAAUGUUCCUAAUAAAUCAUGCAUUUAAAUAAUUAUAUAUUAUGUACUUUUUACGCGUUUUCUAUGAAAGAAAACAUGAGAGGAAGCCCAGUCCUAUUCAGUGUUCCAGUUUUAGCUUCUGUAGGGUUUCACUCAGUGGUGCCUCUAAAGGGCGGCCAAGGGGGACCAUUGGUCCCGCCCGGGAAAUUGUUGGCCAUCCAGUUUGCCCUCUCAGGGAAGACCCCACCCUCAUUAAUAAAUCACAUUCAUGUUCACACAAAUCGUACAUUCAUCUCCUCUAAUCAAGACAAUUUUAAAGCUAAUAAAAUUUUUAUUUUAAUAGAAUUUUUUAAUAGAACUGUUUUAAUAAAUCACAAUUUAAAGUACGUAAGAGAAUCAUCACUAUCAAGAAAAAAGUAUGAACUCUGAUUGUUUUUGUUGAAACAGCAACAGGCUCAAUCAAUUUUUUAAUUAAAACUCGGAAAAAAUAGAAACAAUAACUGAAAAAAUUAAAAACUGCCAAAGUCUUUUUUCUGAAAUGUUCAAGUUUCACAAAUUUGAGGUAAAUGUGUUCGAAGCACAAGCCUGUUAUAAAAAAAACAGCGAAGGAGCAAAGCAAUGCACAGAUUCAGGCGAAACUCCCCUGAGCUACCACAGACACCGAUUUGCUGAGUCACCCCAAAAUUUCCACUGGCCCCCCCCAUGAAAAUUUUCUGGGCGCGCCACUGGUUACAUUUUGCUGAACUGAAUAAUAUAACAAAACUGGCACAACAGCUUCAAAUAUUUGGUCCAAGUGAUAUUACAGACAUGUGGAAAGCACCAGAAAAUCCACAUUAAUAAAAAACUCAAGUUACCUUAACGGCGGAACCAGGUUUUGAGUUUCAAACGCUCUUUUGCAAAAGACCUUGACAUCUAAGUGCUUUAAAAGCUGAGUUUCUGGUUUCUUCUGUGAUAUUUGUUUUGCUUUUGAAUCACGCGGAUCUUACUGAUACGGCUAUGGUCUAAUAUUAACUUAACACUGCAACGCCUGGGCAACAACCUUAGCUUAAAGCGCUCAAGUUGCAAUGAUGUAAUUCCAACUUUUAUAACAGAGGAAUCAUUUAAGUGAAAGAUACAAGCUUUAUUAAACUAGAACUAAAGACAAACAUGCUUUACAGCUUGUUUGGCUGAAUUGUUGCAGGUCAUGUGUCUCCUCAUCAGAACCCUAAUAAAAAAUGGAGCUGUCAUUGAUUUGUUUCAGUAACUGAACUUGAACAAAGGAAUGUUUGUGCCUACAAGCAUCCCAUGUGAACCUUCAACUAUAUAAAGGGAAGAUCUUUUCUCUCUGCUCAAUAUUUGGACCUGAGAUUUGAAGCAGAAUCUCUACAGGAUAAAGACAUUUGUAUUUCAUUGGGAAUUUUGCCAGUUUAGAAAUGAAGACUGUAAGGUCUCUGUUCAUCCCAAAGUGGACGUCAGAUGUGCGUCUGGAGGGGAAGACGGCAAUAGUAACGGGAGCAAACACUGGAAUAGGCAAAGAAACAGCUAAAGAGCUCGCUGCAAGAGGUGCCCGAGUGAUUUUGGCAUGCAGAAAUGUGACCAAAGGAGAACAAGCUGCUUCUGACAUCAUGAAGAACGUGGAUGGCGCCAAUGUGGUGGUCAGGCAGCUGGACCUGGCUGACACCAAAUCCAUCUGCCUGUUUGCUGAGAACAUUUACAACACGGAAAAGUCUCUCCACUUCCUGAUCAACAACGCAGCGGUGGCUAUCUGUCCUUAUGCGAAGACCGUGGACGGAUAUGAGAUGCAGUUUGGAGUCAAUCACUUAGGUCAUUUCUUCCUGACGUUCUUGCUUCUAGACCUACUGAAGCACUCGGCGCCAUCCCGAGUUAUCAACCUGUCAUCAGCAGCUCACGCCAUGGGCAAGAUCCACUUUGAUGACCUGAACGGGGAGAAAGAUUACCACCCUGUCAGGGCGUACGCUCAGAGCAAGCUCGCUAACGUGCUGUUCUCCAGAGAGCUAGCUAAAAAAACCGAGGGUUUUGGAGUGAUGGUUUUCUCAGUGGACCCGGGUGUUGUGAACACUGAAAUCACACGACACAUAAGGCGUCCUCUUGUGGACUUAAUUAAGACCUUCAGUUUUGUGCUGAAGACGCCGGCAGAGGGAGCAUACACCACCGUCUACUGCACCGUCACCCCUGACAACCAGGUCCUCACUGGUGGAUUCUACAAGGACUGUGCUCUGGCUGCAAGCUGCAGGGCAGCUGAGGACAACCUCACCUCCCUAAAGCUGUGGGCUGUGAGCUGCCACCUGCUGGGGAUCCGCUGGAGAUAAACCGUUCUCCUACAAGCUGUGCUGCAAAAUGCAUGACGUUUCUGAGGUUUAUUGCUUAAUGUUGUACGUGUCAGGCAUGGACAUAAGUUGUGCAAAGGGGUCAAAGAAACAUGCAAAUUUUAAAUAAAACUGGUGGGAUGUAAGAAGGAAGACGUGUGGAAAAAUAAAGCAGAUUAAACUGAUCGAGUGAGUUUGAA